UUGAAAAAAAAAAAAUUGGAAGUGGCGGCAAAAUUCUGUCACUGAUCCUCUAAAUUUGUCUGGCUGACUUAGCAAUUCUAUCUAUAUGUGUAAAUUCAAAUCUACGAAUCAUUAAUUUAUGCAGCACAAUACUUCAAAUUAGGGUUUGUGUGGUUCUAAUCAGUAAAGCACAUUUCUUCAUAUUUUCGUCAAAUGGCGGUGGAUGCGUCGUCGGCAGCAUGCAAUCUAGCGGUUUUAGAUUCACUGAACGAGGACUCAAUCCAUGAAAUGGUGGAGAGCUGGAACCGCUUUUGCUUAGCUUCCGAGGGUCUUCUUAUUGGUGCCGGCAACUUGUCUUUUGGCUCGGAGUUUGUUUCUCAAGCUCAGAUACUUGUCAAGUACGGCCUCGAGUCUCUAGUCCAGCAGCAUUUCCUUCGUUCUGUUGAGGAAAUUUUUGAGAAAAAUGGGGCGACGAGGUUUUGGAGUCAUUUUGAGCCUUACAGCAAUGUUGCAGCUCUUGAAAUUAAUGAUGAUCCUAUACAAAGGGAUGAGAUUCAGGAAGUGUUAUGUAAAGCCCUGGAAGAAAUUUCGUCACAAAAACAAUACCAGGAGAAGUGCUUAUGGAUGUUGAUUCACGCUUUACAUUCUGAGUCAGCAACUAAGUCCGAGUGUCAAAUUAAAUCAGAUGCCCAGAAUGUCCCUCUUAUCAUGAAGUAUCAACUGAUGGUGUCUUCUGUUCUAAUGACAAGUCUACCCAGGCACUUUCCUGAGAUACUGCACUGGUACUUCAAGGGAAGAUUGGAGGAGUUGAGUACAAUUAUGGAGGAAGAUGAUGAGAAUGAAAAUGAACAUAAAGUUCAAGACGACAUGGACGUUGAUGAGAAAAGGCAACUUGUUUCUCGUAGUGGUGAUAUGGAUGUUGAUGGAUGCCAUCACCAGAGAGGGUUCUCAGAGAAGAACAAGUUAGUAAAGAAUAUUGGGAUGGUAGUUCGCAAUCUUAGGAGUCUUGGCUUGACAUCUAUGGUUGAAGAUGCAUAUGCUUCAGCAAUAUAUUUCCUUUUGAAGGCUAAAGUACAAGAUCUUUCUGGUGAUGAUUAUCGGACUUCAGUUUUGGAGUCCAUUAAAGGGUGGAUACAGGCUGUCCCCCUCCAGUUCUUGCAUGCACUUCUUGCAUACCUUGGUGAUUCCACUGAUUAUGCCAGCCAUUCCUCUGGUCUGAAAUCACCAUUAGCAUCACGGCAUUCUUCAUGCUACUUUGGAAGUGAAGAACCUUCUGAGGGACUUGUUAGAUGGCAGUUGCGGCUAGAGUAUUUUGCUUAUGAAACCUUGCAAGAUCUAAGGAUAGCCAAGCUGUUUGAUAUCAUUGUGGAUUAUCCAGACAGUGCUCCUGCUAUUGAAGACCUCAAGCAGUGUCUCAACUAUACUGGGCAACAUACAAAGCUAGUUGAUUCAUUUAUUUCUUCACUACGAUAUCGGUUAUUAACAGCUGGUGCCUCCACAAAUGAUAUCUUACACCAAUAUGUUUCAACUAUUAAAGCCCUUCGAACAAUAGAUCCAGCAGGUGUUUUUCUUGAGGCAGUUAGCGAGCCAAUACGGGAAUACCUCAAGGGUAGAAAGGACACCAUCAAAUGUAUUGUUACAAUGCUCACUGAUGGGACUGGUGGAAGUAACAGUGCUUCCGGGAGCAAUGGGGAUAGCCUGCUUGAAGAACUAAAUAGAGAUGAAGAAAGCCAUGAGAAUACAUGUACUGAUGAUGAUAUCAACAUUGAUGACAAGCAAGCUUGGAUCAAUGCUCAGUGUUGGGAACCUGAUCCAAUAGAGGCUGAUCCAUUAAAGGGAAGCAGAAAUAGAAGGAAGGUUGACAUACUUGGAAUGAUUGUUAGCAUUAUUGGUUCAAAGGAUCAGCUGGUAAAUGAGUAUCGUGUUAUGCUGGCAGAAAAGCUUCUCAACAAACAUGAUUAUGAAAUUGACUCGGAGAUUCGCACUUUGGAACUCUUGAAGAUUCAUUUUGGUGAGAGUAGCAUGCAACGGUGUGAAAUCAUGCUCAAUGACCUGAUUGAUUCCAAAAGGACCAACACGAAUAUAAAAGCAACUAUUAAACAGCAACCUCAAGCAGAGCAAGAGGAGCAUGAAGAAUCUUUGGAUGUUCUCAGUGCUACAAUCAUAUCGUCAAAUUUCUGGCCACCUAUCCAGGAUGAAACAGUCAAUUUACCUGCACCAGUGGACCAGCUUUUAAGUGAUUAUGCUAGGUGGUUUAAUCAAAUUAAGACUCCUCGUAAACUACUCUGGAAGAAAAACCUUGGUACUGUAAAGUUGGAGUUGCAAUUUGGAAACAGAGAAGUGCCAUUCACUGUCACUCCUCUACAGGCUUCAAUUAUCAUGCAAUUUCAAGAUCAUACAAGUUGGAGCUCCAAGGAUCUAGCUGCUGCUGUUGGGGUACCUGUUGAUGUACUGAACAGGAGAAUUAGUUUCUGGAUCAGCAAGGGAGUUCUCACUGAAUCAGGGGGCAUGGAUGCAAGUAGCCAUGUCUUUACUCUGGUGGAGGCUGUUUCUGACAAUAAUAAAGCUGGUCCUAGCAAUGGAAGCUUUGAGGAACUUAUGGUGGGUGAUGAUGAUGGGGAAAGAUCAGUGGCCUCAGUCGAGGAUCAGCUGCGAAAAGAAAUGACUGUAUACGAGAAAUUUAUCACGGGUAUGCUUACCAAUUUUGGCAGCAUGGCACUGGACCGGAUUCAUAAUACUCUCAAGAUGUUCUGCAUAGCUGAUCCUCCGUAUGACAAAUCGCUCCAGCAGCUACAGAGCUUCUUAUAUGGUCUGGUUGCAGAAGAGAAGUUAGAAUUUAGAGAUGGAAUGUAUCUCCUAAAAAAAUGAUAAAUUCGUAGGCUCAGUUGCGCCCAUUAUCAGAACCCAGAGUUGCACCCCAUUCAUCAGAACCCAGUGCCAGUGGGUACUGAACUGAACUUCAGCAUUCCUUCUGUUGAUGGUGCAGCAGAGUAGAUAAGAAGAGAUGGUCGUACUCGAGCUUUCAAAGGUGGGAGCCAUCUAACCGAUUUGGGGUCCUUAAAACUCAGUGCAGAGACAUAUUACAAUUGAAUGAGAGAAUGGAGGGAUUCUUCUCGGAUUAAGCAUAUAAGUUUUCGAUGCGCAGAUUGGGCUGUGUUGCAUCAGCUAUAUUGCAUUAUUGGAAAUGCCAAAAUUUGAGCCUAACCUUCCUUACGGCUACCAAAUGCAAGCGUGUUCAAAUAUCAGUGCCGUUGGCUGCAACCCUCGCUUCACUUUGUAUCUGGAGUUAUGAUCGAGGAUCAAGGCUGGGAAACUCCUCCAAUCUCCUAUCUCAUUUUUUUCGAUUCCCUAACAUACUAAAUGACACUGGAUCCAGAUUUAUACGACAGAAUUGUGAUGUCUGUAACUUGUCCGAAAUCGUUAAAGAUUUGUGGGGCAGCUGAUUGGUGCUGGUUCAAUGGGCAGCAGUGAUGAAAGCUUUAUAAUUGUGCAUGAGCAUUUCCUUCCGGGGGCAAGGAAAGCUUCCUCUGCUGCUAUGAACGUAACAUUUUCAUUAUCGUCCAUAUAUGAAAUUCCCUAAAUACCUUCAAUUUUCUGCA